AUGAAAGGCGGAGGCGGAGGAGGAGGAGGAAAACGACGGUGGAGAGUACUGGUGGUUGGAGUAUUGGUUCUUAUCAUCUUAUCAACGCUUGUUCCUCUUGCGUUCUUGCUCGGCCUUCACAACGGCUUUCACUCUCCUGGAUUCGUCACUGUUCAACCGUCUUCUCCUUUUGAUAGCUUUAAUAGAAUCAAUGCUACUAAACAUCAUCCUCAGAGAGAUCUCUCCGUCCGAGUCGAUGAGGUUCUCCAUAGAUUCAAUCCAGUGCUUCCCAAGAAAAGCGACAUAAACUUGGAUUCCAGAGAUAUGAAUAGGACAAGCACCACUGAUUCUAAAAAGAGAGGAUUACCAGUGUCCCCAGCUGUUGUUGCCAUCCCUAGCCCUGCUAAAAAAACAAAAACGAAAGCCUCGUACAAAGGUGUUCAGGGGAAAACAGUAAAUGCCUCGCACAAUGGCGUUCAGGGGGCGAUAGUAAAUGCUGAUGAAACUCAGAGAACUUGUCAACUGAAAUACGGAAGCUACUGCCUCUGGAGGGAGGAGAAUAAGGAACCCUUGAGAGAUGCUAAGGUGAAGCACAUGAAGGACCUCCUGUUUGUCGCUAGAGCAUACUAUCCAAUUAUUGCUAAAAUGCCUUCUCAAAGCAAGUUGACUCGGGAUAUGAAACAGAAUAUCCAAGAGUUUGAGCGUAUUCUUAGUGAAGGUUCAGCAGAUGCUGACCUCCCACCACAGGUUGAUAAAAAGUUUCAGAAGAUGGAAGCUGUAAUUUCAAAGGCAAAGUCUUUUCCAGUGGACUGUAACAAUGUUGACAAGAAACUGAGACAGAUCCUGGAUUUGACUGAUGAUGAAGCUAGUUUCCACAUGAAACAGAGUGUGUUCCUCUACCAGCUUGCAGUACAGACAAUGCCUAAGAGUCUUCACUGCCUGUCAAUGAGACUAACGGUGGAAUAUUUCAAGUCAGCUCCAGUUGAAAUUGAGGAUAGUGAGAAAUUCUCAGAUCCUUCAUUGCUUCACUUUGUUAUCAUCUCCGACAAUAUUCUUGCCUCUUCCGUUGUGAUCAACUCAACGGCUUUACACGCAAGGGAAAGUAAAAACUUUGUAUUCCAUGUACUGACAGACGAGCAGAACUACUUUGCGAUGAAACAAUGGUUUAUCAGGAAUCCCUGCAAACAAGCAGCUAUUCAAGUAUUGAACAUUGAAAAACUCGAGCUGGACAAUUCUGAUACGAAGAAGCUGUCUUUGCCUGCGGAGUUUCGUGUCUCCUUCACCAGUGGUGACAACAAUUUGGCGUCACAAGGGAAUAGAACAUACUACUUAUCCAUUUUCUCUCAAACUCACUAUCUUCUCCCAGAGAUAUUUCACAAGCUGAAAAAGGUUGUGGUUCUGGAUCAUGACGUUGUAGUCCAGCGAGACUUAUCUCCUCUUUGGGAGCUUGACAUGGAAGGAAAAGUGAAUGGCGCAUUGAAGUCGUGCUCUGUGAGAUUGGGUCAGCUAAAGAGUCUCAAGAGAGAAGGUUUUGAUACUAAUGCUUGUCUGUGGAUGUCUGGAUUGAAUGUCAUUGAUCUUGCUAGAUGGAGGGAACUGGGAGUUUCAGAGAGCUACCUGAAAUUUUAUAAACAGCAGAUGAGUGGUGGAGGUGAGUCUAGAGAAGCAAUUGCGUUGCAAGCAACUUUGCUUACGUUCCAAGACAAAGUUUAUGCUCUUGACGACAAAUGGGCUGUAUCAGGGCUUGGUUAUGACUACUACAUCAACACCCAAACGAUAAAAAACGCAGCGACCUUACACUACAAUGGGAACAUGAAGCCGUGGCUAGAGCUGGGAAUCCCACAGUACAAAAGCUAUUGGAGAAAGAAUCUGAAUCGGGAAGAUAGAUUCUUGAGUGACUGUAACGUGAAUCCUUGAUGAGAAAGUAGAAGAAACUACAACUGGGCCAGUGCUUUAGAAGCAUAUUACACGCAAAAAGAAAAAAAAAGAUUCUAGAGUGGUGGUUAAAGCGACAUCUCAUUUUUUGGAGAGGGGGUGAAUAAACCCGAAUGCAUUGCAGAAGAAAUGCUGAAGGGGGAAAGAGCACGCACGCACGCAGAAGGUGGGUUAAAAGUGAUUAGCUAAUUGAUUUUUAAGAGACAUGAUAUGAAGAUGAUUGAAAAUCAGCUUUAAUAUGAUAUAAUUAGAAGAAAAAAAUAUGUGACUAGACUUUGAUGUUGUAUAUGAUUUUUUUGGCUAAGAUGUGUGCCAUUCUUUUCCUCGUGUGUUUA